CGCAUGCGCCGUUAGCAGUCGCUGCUGGGCGGCCGCCGGCGGGAUUGGUCUGGGAGACGUGGGGACCGAGUGGCAGCGACUCGGACAUCUGAGCUGCCACUGCCGGAAAGGAGCCCGCAGGACAGAUUAUCAGUAUGCGUUUGCAAGGCUUUAGACUAUGUUUGGGUCUGCUCCUCAUCUCAGUUAAUGCAGAAUUUAUGGAUGAAGGUGUUGAAAUGGAAGACUUUGAUGAAAAUUCAGAAGAGAUUGAUGUUGAUGAAGAUGAACUUCCCUCAGAGAUUCAAUAUAAGACACCUCAAGCUAUAGGAGAAGUAUAUUUUACAGAAACCUUUGAUACUGGAAGGUUGGCUGGGUGGGUCUUAUCGAAGGCAAAGAAAGAUGAUACUGAUGCUGAGAUUUCUAUAUAUGAUGGCAGAUGGGAAAUAGAAGAAUUGAAAGAAAACCGAGUACCUGGUGACAGAGGACUGGUACUGAAAUCGAGAGCAAAGCAUCAUGCAAUUUCUGCUACCUUAUCAAAACCCUUUGUUUUUGCUGAUAAACCUUUGAUAGUUCAAUAUGAAGUAAAUUUUCAAGAUGGUAUUGAUUGUGGAGGUGCAUACAUUAAGCUCCUAGCAGACACUGAUGAUUUGAAUCUGGAAAACUUUUAUGAUAAAACUUCCUAUACCAUUAUGUUUGGACCAGAUAAAUGUGGAGAAGAUUAUAAACUUCAUUUUAUCUUCAGACAUAAACAUCCUAAAACUGGAGUUUUUGAAGAGAAACACGCCAAGCCUCCAGAUGUAGACCUUAAAAAAUUCUUUACAGACAGGAAGACGCAUCUUUAUACCCUUGUGCUGAAUCCAGACAACACAUUUGAAGUAUUGAUUGAUCAAACAGUUGUAAACAAAGGAAGCCUUCUAGAGGACGUGUCUCCUCCUAUUAAUCCUCCCAAAGAAAUUGAAGAUCCCAGUGACAAAAAACCUGAUGAUUGGGAUGAAAGAGCAAAAAUCCCUGAUCCUUCUGCCGUCAAACCAGAUGAUUGGGAUGAAAGUGAACCUGCCCAAAUAGAAGAUUCAAGUGUUGUUAAACCUAAUGGCUGGCUUGAUAAGGAGCCAAAAUUUAUCCCAGAUCCUAAUGCUGAAAAACCUGUAGACUGGAAUGAAGAUAUGGAUGGAGAAUGGGAAGCACCUCAUAUUCCUAAUCCAGCAUGUCGGAUUGGAUGUGGUGAAUGGAAACCUCCCAUGAUUGACAACCCCAAGUUCAAAGGAAUAUGGAGACCUCCAAUGAUUGAUAAUCCUAAUUACCAGGGAAUCUGGAGUCCUCGAAAAAUUCCUAAUCCAGAUUAUUUUGAAGAUGAUCAUCCAUUUCUUUUGACAUCUUUCCGUGCUCUUGGUUUAGAGCUUUGGUCUAUGACCUCUGAUAUCUACUUUGAUAAUUUCAUUAUAUGUUCAGAAAAGGAAGUAGCUGAUCACUGGGCUGCAGAUGGUUGGGGCAUGAAAACAAUGGUAGCAACUGCUAACGAGCCUGGUGUACUUAAACAGUUCAUGGCAGCUGCUGAAGAGCGCCCUUGGCUUUGGAUCAUUUACCUGGUGAUAGCAGUGCUGCCAGUGGUAUUAAUUACUUCAUUUUGUUGGCCAAGAAAAGCAAAGAAAAAAAUUGCAAAUGCAGGGUAUAAAAAAACUGACAUAUGUAAACCACAAACAAAAGGCGCCCUAGAGCAAGAAGUGAAGGAAGAGAAAGCAGCCCUGGAGAAACCAGUAGAUACGGAGGAAGAAAAAAAGCAAAGUGAUGGUGAAAUUCUUGAAAAAGAAGAGAAAGGUGAUCAACCGGAAGAAAAUAGUGAAGAAGAAAUUGAAAUCAUAGAAGGACAAGAAGAAGGCAAUAAAUCAAAUAAAUCUGGAUCAGAAGAUGAGAUGAAGGAAACAGAUGAGAGCACAGGAUCUGGAGAUGGGCCAGUAAAGUCGGUACGCAAAAGAAGAGUACGAAAGGACUAAACUAUAUCCAAGUAUUUUUAAUUCCUGAGAGAAAUAUUUGGCAUUCUAAAAUCAGUGUGCCAGACCUGAACUUGAAUCAGUCUCCAUGUCCUGUUUCUAAUAUAUAAUGUUAUUAUUCUUUCAAAUAUUUAUUUUAGUCUCUCUUUUCAGACAAAAAAAGAAAGAAAAAGCUAACUCUGAAUUUAUGUGGUCUUUGAAUUUAGAAUUUAAAAAUGGCAAGUUAUACAUAUCAAAUCUCCUCUGAGAUUUUAAUAUCAGUAGAAGUUACACAUUUUUAGUAGUUUGGAGUUAGUUUGGGUUUGUACAGAGCAAACUAAUAUGCCGUAGCCUCACUGCUGUUGGAAAUAUCAAUCAGCUGUUGGAAUUCUCACGUAAACAGCUCUACUGCAGCCUAACGGGCAGUUCUAUAAUAAAAUGAAAGAGAGUGUUCUGUUGUACAGAGCUAAAUGCAAUAAAGUUUAUAUAUGGUUGCUUGA